AUGGAAAACAGAGUGCGCGACUCUGAAGCCGAGGAUUAUGCCACCAGUUUGGAUUACACCCUCAAGGAGCUUCAGCGCAAGGUCAAGGAACAUGAGACGGAGCUCGCAAAGAUCCGGUCCACACAUGGAGACGCGGUCCCUUCCUCGCCGGAACUGCAAGCCAAUGUCAUCAAAGCAGCGCUCGUAGAAGUGACAAACUCUGAGCCGUUCUUGCCAUUUCCAGGGUCCGUGCUUCCUGCUCUGGUGGCCUUGCGCAAGACGCACCAGGUUAUCGAGGAAUCAAAAGCCUAUCUGGCAUCGCAGAGGCUCGAGGCUGAGCGAGCCAGGAAACAGCUGGACUCGGAGCGGGUGACGCUGAAAGACCAUCGUCUGUUGACGGAUGCACUCAAAGACAGGAUUCGGUCUCUGAGGUUGGCACUGGCAUCCCAGGCCAAGCUGCCGGAGAAGAAUGGGAGCAAGAACAAGGCGGAUGAGCUGGAGGCAAGGAAGAAAAGCUACAACGCGGAGACGUUCAAGCUGAUGAAGUCGCUGCUGAGGUUCAUCGACCACCGGCUAGCGGCCAUGCUCGCGGCAGAGGAGCUGGGCGGACCCAUCGUCGGCGACAUGGUGGAUGUCGAUCCCGAGGACCUUGCCGGCGGCUUCAACGCACAUGGAAAGGCCAAGAAGGCGAAAGGAAACGUGGUGGACCAAGACAAGCGCCAGCGUCGGCUCGACGAGAUCUGGGGCGCGGCACAAGGCGACGACGAGGUUGGCAGGGAGCGCAACAAUGACGACGAGCAUGACGACGAGGCAAAAGCCGCCGGCCGAGAGAUGCGGUCGCUCACCGAGGAGCUGCUCAACAAGCUCGCCAAAGCCGAAGGGGACAAUUCGGGGUCGUACGUGCAGCUGACGCGGGAGUCGGCCGCCGUGCGGUUCCUUGUCAGGUCCAAGGUGGCCCAGUUUCACCCCAAGGACGCGACGAAGCUCAGGCUGAUUGAUUUCGGCAGAGAGCUGGACGACUGA